UCUAAAAUAAUAAAAAAAUAUGUUUUUGUUUUAUUAGAUCAUGCAUUUUUAUAAAAAAUUAAUCCUUGAAAAUAAGAAUCCACUCUUGAUUAUACUGUUAAAUAUUAUAAUAUAAUCAAGUAAAUAAACGUAGUUAAAAAUUUCAAACAAUAUGACUGUAUGUACACUUUUUUCCGGACGCGUUUGGACUUACUUUCAUGUCAUUUUCAAGAAUAUGACAUACAUAAAUAAUAUUUGUUAGAGGAGUGAGAAAUUGUGGCAGCCCUAGAUCAUUAAUUUAUGAAUUAAAUUGUACACUCAAUUCAUAUUGGUUAGCCAGAUGGGUCAAGAACAUAUUAUUAUAUAAUAUGUUAAAUUUAAAAAUGCUGUUAGUGUACAAAGUCACAGACAGUACGAACACCACUCACCAAGGAUUCGCCGAUAGUCUGGUACUCUCACAGUAUAAUUCAUCAAAAAAUAAAAUUGUAUAAUCAAAAUCAUUGAGAUAAACAACAUAUGGAUUAAAGCAACAAAAUAAAAAUAUUAUUACUACUGAUCAAAUUUCUGAUAUAAAGUAUGUAUAUUUUUCUUUUGGCACAAUUUAAUGUUAAUAAAUUAAUUUAAUAGAAGCACAAAACCAUAUAAACAUAUAUAACUGCACAUUUAUCACAUAAACAGUUUUAAAUGUAUUCAUGUUAUAAUGCAACAAAUAUACUGUCGUUAUGACAACAUACUAAUUUAAGAUUUUAAUGCAAUUUAAAAUAAAUUCCUAACACUCAUAACGCGAUCUUCAGAAUAUUCGCGAAGCAAGUUUCGUCACAAACAGUAAUUUUCGAUAAUUAUAUUCGCACAGCAAUGUUUCUUAGCUUCGAAUGGUGUUAACACAUUAUUCCUGUACGCACAUUGUAAAGAAAACACCGUAAUGUCUCGCGUCUCAAACAGAAAUGAAGAGAUGUCGAAAACACGCGAAAGCGACGUUACAACUGCGCUUGCGCCGAUCGAACGUAAAAGAGAAAUAUGAAAUGUACAUAUACGAAGAAAAAAAAUUAAUCGCUUUAUUACCUAACAACAUUCAUCACUACAAAGUACAAUAUAGAUAUUCUUUUACGUGUCCUCACGUACACUAUCCCAUGGCUAGCCUACAUGUUAAAAUAUAAUGCUCAGUGCUUGAAUAUAAAACGAAUACGAAGCAUUAUGGAACGAGUGCUUUAUGAUUGGAAAGAAUUAAGCAACGCGCAAGAAAUUGAAAUAAUUAAGGAAUAUGCAGAUAUUGGAAGAUUUAUUACAUUGCUAACGACUUUGACCAUCUAUAUAGGUGUUUUUAGCUUCAUUGUGAUACAGUUUUUACCAAACAUUCUUCAGGCAAUAAUAUCCAGUAAAAAUAACACCGAUUCACGACAACUUCCAAUCCUUAUAGAAUGUUUUAUAGAUCAGCAGAAAUAUUUUUUUCUACUUUUACUGGCAAUAUUUUUUUGCGUGGCAUGUGGUUUAACUACAGUGGCAGCUACCGAAACACUUGUUAUGUCAUAUGUACAUCAUGCAUGUGGCUUAUUUGAAAUAGCCAGCUACCGCAUAGAACGAGCUUUGUUCAAAGAUACGGCAAAAGAUAUUACAUCUUCUACGCAAAGAAGUUCGAUAAUAUGUCAAGGGAUAAUCAAUGGAUUUACUAUGUACAAACGAGCAAUCGAGUUUAUCGAUAUGAUACAGAUAACUUAUAAGUGGGCGUAUUCAAUACUAUUGCCAUUAGGGGUACUAUCGUUAAGCGUUAAUCUUUUUACUUUUUCUCGAUUGGUAAUAUCCAAGGAAUAUUACAAUAUGUGUAUUAGUUUUAUGUUCAUUUUUGGCCAUUUUGGCUACAUGUUAUUUACCAACUAUUUAGGACAAAAAAUAAUCGAUCAUAGCAGCAAUGUUUUUCACAGAUUAUACAACGUACAAUGGUACGUAGCUCCGUUAAAAGCACAAAAAUUAUUACUGCUUUUAAUGCAAAGAAGCAUACGAAAUUGUACAAUUGUCGUUGAUGGCUUAUUCAUUUCAUCGUUCGAGGGAUUUGCCACGCUUGCAAGCACAUCCAUUUCAUACUUUGCGGUGAUUUUUUCCCUCUUUUGAUUAACCGCACAAAAAUCGAAGUUUACAAUUCCACGAUGCAAAUAGUUCUGGCAUGCUUACACAACCACAGAGAUAUAAUAAUAAUAUAAUAAUACAAAUGCAAUUAAUUUGAUAAAUUGUCUUAAUUAUUAUAUAAAAAAAUGAAUUAUAAAUACACAAGGUUAAGUUACCGAUAUCACUCUUUAACUCUUUUUGUUCUUCUUCUUAAAAUAUGAUAGAGAAUUAUCAUUUAGUUUUGUUAUUAUACUUACAAUAAUAUUAGGAAUAUAAGUUUCUCUAUUGUUAGAAAAAAAAAUUACUAACGCAAUCGCUUCAUACAGAAAUAAGAAAGUAAAGAUGACUUCGGCAGUAGAAUACGAAUGUAAAGCGCUUGCCUAAAAAAAAAAAAAAAAAA